AUGUGGUUCCAUGCUCUGGUCUUCGCUUCUCUCUAUGCUUGCAUGGCUUAUGGGCACACAUCGUCACCACCUGUGGUGGACACUGUUCACGGCAAAGUCCUGGGGAAGUACGUCAGCUUAGAAGGAUUCACACACCCUGUGGCCGUCUUCCUGGGAGUCCCCUUUGCCAAACCCCCUCUUGGAUCCCUGAGGUUUGCUCCACCAGAGCCUGCAGAUCCCUGGAGCUUUGUGAAGAACACCACCUCCUACCCUCCUAUGUGCUCCCAAGAUGCUGUGGCAGGGAAGAUGCUCUCUGAUUUCUUCACCAACAGAAAUGAGAGUAUUCCUCUCACAUUUUCUGAAGACUGUCUCUACCUAAAUAUUUAUACUCCUGCCAACUUGACAAAGAACAGCAGCAGGCUGCCGGUGAUGGUGUGGAUCCAUGGAGGUUCUCUGGUGGUGGGCGGAGCAUCGACCUAUGAUGGACUGGCCUUGUCUGCCCAUGAAACUGUGGUGGUGGUGGCCAUUCAGUACCGUCUUGGCAUCUGGGGAUUCUUCAGCACAGGGGAUGAACACAGCCGGGGGAACUGGGGUCACUUGGACCAGGUGGCCGCACUGCGCUGGGUCCAGGACAAUAUCGCCAACUUUGGAGGGGAUUCAGGCUCUGUGACCAUCUUUGGAGAGUCAGCAGGAGGUGAAAGUGUCUCUGUUCUUGUGCUGUCUCCUCUGGCCAAGAACCUCUUCCACAGGGCCAUUUCUGAGAGUGGUGUGUCCCUCACUCCUGGUAUGGUCAGGAAAGAUGUCAGACCCGUGGCUGAGCAAGUUGCUAUUGCUGCUGGGUGUGAAACUACUACCUCAGCUGUCAUGGUUCACUGCCUUCGCCAGAAAACAGAGCACGAGCUCUUGGAGACCACACUGAAAUUGAAACCUUUUAAGGUCAACUUAUUUGAAGACCCCAGAGAGAACUGCCCCUUCCUGCCUACUGCAAUUGAUGGAGUGGUGCUGCCAAAGUCCCCAGAAGAGAUGCUCGCUCAGAAGAAUUUCAGCACGGUCCCCUACAUGGUGGGGAUCAACAAGCAAGAGUUUGGUUGGCUGCUUCCACUGAUUAUGGGAUAUCCGCUUUCUUCAGGCAAACUGGACCAGAAGACAGCCACAUCUCUUCUGAGGAAGUCCAGCCCCUAUCUUAACAUCCCUGAAGAUGUGAUUCCAGCAGCCAUUAAGGAGUACUUAGGAGGGGCAGAAGAUCCCGUCAAAAACAAAGACCUGUUUGUAGACUUGAUUGGAGACGUGUUGUUUGCUGUGCCAUCUGUAGUGGUGGCUCGCCAUCACAGAGAGGCUGGAUCCCCAGUCUACAUGUAUGAAUUUCAGUAUCACCCAAGCUUCUCAUCAGACCUGAAACCUGGGAUGGUGAUGGGAGAUCAUGGAGAUGAACUCUUCUCAGUGUUCGGUGCCCCAUUUACAAAAGGGGGUGCCCCAGUUGAAGAGAUCAACAUCAGCAAGAUGGUGAUGAAGUUUUGGGCCAAUUUUGCUAGAAACGGGAACCCCAAUGAGAGGUCAUUGCCUGAAUGGCCAGAAUACAACCAGAAGGAAGGAUACUUGAAGAUUGGUGCAACUACUCAGGCAGCCCAAGGCCUGAAAGAUAAGGAAGUGGCAUUUUGGACUAAAGUUUGGACCAAAGAGGCAGAAGGGAAUCUCCUCCAAGAAAAAAUUGAGCUCUGA